AUGAUGGCUGGCCGCUCGGACGAGGCGGGCGUCGAGGCACCUGGCGACAGCGGCGGCUGCCAGCUGGGCCACAUGCUCGCCUUCGACGACGCUGACGGCGACGGCCGGCUCAGCCUCAGCGAGUUCUACGCCGCCUUCAGCAAGCUGUACAGCGUAUCGGUGGUGUCGCUGGACAAGGCGGUGCAGGUGCGGCGGCUGCGCGCGCGCGUCGGCGACAGCGUCGAGGUGCGCUGUGACGUCACCGGGGCUCCACCGCCGCCCAUCGUGUGGCGGCGCCACGGGGCGGACCUGGCGCAGCUGCCCGCCGGCGCCGCAGACGACUUGCGCGUCUUCCCGGACGGCUCCCUGUUCCUGCCGCGCGUCCAGCUGGUGCACGCCGGCAACUACACCUGCCACGCCCAGCGCAACGAGGACGUCGUCCAGACGCACGUCCUCACCGUGCACACUACGCCUCGGGUGAAAGUCACACCCCGAAUCCAGUCGAAACGACCCGGAGAAGAGGCCACCAUGUUUUGCCACGUCAUCGGAGAACCUUUCCCUAAGGUGGAGUGGCUGAAGAACGACGAGCCGCUGCGGCUGACGCAGCGCAAGUACGAGCUGGUGGGCAACGGCACGGAGCUGCGCGUGCGCAGACUCGCCUACGCCGACACGGGCGCCUACUCGUGCAGCGCGCGCAGCGCCGCCGGCGCCGCCACCGACCUCUCCUCGCUCGUCGUCCAGGACGACCCCGCGCCCACAUCACCGAAGGAGGAGCGGCGCUUCUUCGCUUUCCAUGACUUUGGAAUCUCGGUGUACGAGCCGACGGCUUGUCGCCUGUACCAUCACAUAAGGGGCAGCGACAUCAUACCUGGCACACAGCGUCAGUUGGUGUGCGGCAGUAGCGGUACCGCUUGCAGCUGGGGACAGGCCAUCAACGUGGCCAACCGCUACGUGUACGUGGCGCAGCCCCGCAACGACCGCGUCCUCGUCAUCAGCAAGAUACAGAUGGUCGUCGUUGACGUGGUGACGACGGACAAGAUGCCGGUGGAGCUGCACUACGUGCCGCACCUGGACCAGGUGUGGGUGCUCAACUGGCGGUCGGAGCGCGACCGUGGCGUCAAGACGGUGCAGGUGAUCCGCGACGCCGCGCAGAAGCGCAAGCACCACACCGUCCACCCGGAGCCCAUAGACGGACAGUUCGACCUGGUCAGCGGACUCUUCAUUCCUCCUAUACAGGACGUGGAGCACGAGUUCCGGCACGGCUACGUGUCGCACGCGGGGCGCCGCGGCCUGCUCAAGCUGGAGCUGGCCUCGCUGCGCUACCUGCGCGACGUCGACCUCUCCGAGCGCUCCUGCCUGCCGCGCCACCUGCAGUACUCCUCGCUCUUCGGGCUGGUGGUGGUGGAGUGCGAGGAGCCGGCGACGGGCCAGCCGGCGGGCCAGCUGGUGCUGGACGCCGUGACGGACGCCGUGGUGUCGCAGCGGCCCUCGCUGCUGGGCCGGCCGCACCUCAGCCCCGACAGCCGCACACUCGUCACGCUGCACCGCGCCAGAGACGGCGUCACGCUCGUCGUACAGCGCGUCGCUGACGGUGACCUGAGGUUCUCCUUCGACGUAAAGACGACGCUGAACAUCAGUGACGUGGCCUUCUACCCGUCACGCACGACGCACGGCUACGACCUGUACGCGAGUGCGUCAGACAAGGAGGACGUCCUCUUCCUGGACCUGUCCUCAGGCAAGGUGGAGGUGAUCACGGGCGUCGGGGCGGCGAUGCCCGCGCAGCUGGCGGAGUGGGGGGCGCCCAACCGGCCGAUCGCGGCGCCCGGCGUCUUCGGCCGCUACCUGGCCACCGCGGCCGCCGACGCUCUCUUCGUGCUCAACGGCGCGACGCGCACCGUCAACUGCGAGGUCAGCCGCGUGGCGCUGCCGCGGGCGCUCGCCUGGGUCUCCAUGCGGCUGCAGUGA